AUAUACAUGUUUCACAACGUCCGAAAUAAUUUUCACGUGUGGAAAUUAAAUGAUAGAGCGACUUAUUUAGGAAGAAAUAACACAAACUAUGGUUACUUUUAAUCCCUACGAUUUACCAACAGAAGGUGUGGUGUUAACAGAGUCAAAUACUCGAGCUUUUUUGGAAGAUAAAGAUUGUGGUAAUGGUACUUUAUGCAUAUGCGAAGACUAUUUGUUGUGGAGAGGUGAUAUCGAGUCGCAAAGUUUUAGGUUGAGUUAUCCUUCAAUAUCACUGCAUGCUAUAUGUAGAGACACAAGUAGCUUUCCUUACCAAUGUUUAUAUUGUCUUCUUGAUUCAGAAGAUGUACUAGAAACUGAUGAAGAAAAUUCAGAGCCUUCUGUUACUGAAGUUCGAUUUGUUCCAUUGGAUUCAAAUAAAAUUCAACAAAUGUAUGAUGCUGUGACUCAAUGUCAAGAACUUCAUCCAGAUCCAGAAAUUAGUGAAGAAGAAGAGGAAGAAGAGGGAGAUGGUGAUGAAAGUGAAGCUAAUGAGACUUACUAUUCAACUGCUAAUACUCUUGAAGGUUUUUACACAUCUGCAGAUGACUUGGAAAACAUACAGAUGAGUGAAGAAGGAAUGGCUAAUUUGCGUCGUCUUCAGGAAAAUAUGCAGAUUGCUGAAGCUGAAAGUUCUGAAGAAAAUCAUGAAAAAAAAAAUGGUCAAUUUGAUGACGCUGACUCGAUGAUUUGAUUGUAAUAUCACCACAAAUCUUGCAAUCAAUACAAAAUAUCGAAAAAAGGUUUUCUUUAAAAACGCUACUUUAAAAGAAUUGACGUCUUUUUUCUUAAUGUCAAUGACGUUUGUCAAAGAAAAAAACAUGUUAAUUGAACUGCUAUCAAUUUAUAUCAACUUUGAAAUAUUGACAUAUAAUUAUUGAAAUUAUACAGUUAUUUACCAGAAUAAUUUUUCAACGAUAAUAA